CAAACCUUAGGAAGGAUGUUUUGGCCACGAAAAAUUCACAGUACUGUUCUUUAUUUUUCACAUAUUUUUUUUUCACUUAUAAUUCGUGAUUGUGAAAAUGUCUGACCAGUUUACUUCUUACUUGAUUAAUUACUUACUUAACUUGAUUAAUCUUACCAGAUUACCUUACUUAAUUAAUCAUUACCAGAAAGAGAGAGAGAGAGAGAGAGAGAGAGAGAGAGAGAGAGAGAGAGAGAGAGAGAGAGAGAGAGAGGAAUUAGAUCUUUUACUGCCAUACGAGUUUGUUUUGAACUGUGAAGCAGUUGGUGGUUUGUGAGGUUUCUGACCGAGGUGAGGAACAGCCUGAUUGGAGCUACUUUGCACAGUACUUACUACUCCACCAUGUCAGCUGAGCUUGAGGUCACCACAUCAAAUCGAGGUGGUCAGAAAAUCUGCCUGGAUGGCUUUAUGUACACUAAGAAGCAUGUUGCAAAAUCAGUGGAUGAGAUAGUUUUUCGGUGUGUCAAGCGGGCUAGUCUGAAGUGCCCUGGUAUACUAAAGACAACCAAAAGUCUUGGUAACCCUGAAGUUGUGACCUCGCAUAACCAUCUUUCUGACACAGUUGGAUGCCAAGUGGAGCAAGCUCGACAGGGUAUGAAGAGGAAGGCUUCGAACACCAAUGAUCAGCCUAAUCAGAUUCUCGCCUUCACAGUCGCGGCACUGCCCGCGGAGGUCAAAGCACGCAUGCCUAGGUCUGAUUCUAGUAAGCGUGUCCUUCGUCGCAUCCGGGCUGCACACCGUCCCAAGGAUCCACAGUCUCUUCAAGAGUUGGAAAUCCCAAGAUGACUGGACAUCCCACCUCCACUAUGACAAUGGACCAGAGGCAGAUGAGCGUAUUAUCAGCUUUACCACCCCCCCAUCAUCUGGAACUGUUAGCACGCUGUGAUGAGUGGUGUAUGGAUGGCACAUUUUCGGUAGCUCCGAGACUCUUCACCCAGCUAUAUGUCAUCCAAGGUCGAGUCAACAGUGUUUAUCUACCUCUUGUGUACGUCUUGCUGCAACGCAAGACACAAAGUAGCUACGAACAAGUCUUCAGGGUCCUGGCGGAGAGUGGCUGUGAUCCCAUUUCAGUCAUCAUCGACUUUGAGAGGCCUGUGGAGCUGGCCCUUCAUGUGGUAUUCGGGGAGGAGGUCCAGGUGCGGUUCUGUUUCUAUCAUCUAACCCAGUCCAUCUGGAGGCAGAUCCAGCACCUGGGUCUCAAAAACCUAUACGAAUCCGAUGAGGAGUUCCGCCUCUUCUGUGGUCAGGUGGAUGCACUGGCCUUCCUGCCCCCAAAAGAUGUCAAGGAUGGCAUGUCAUACCUUCGAUCUACCAUGCCUGAGGAGGCUGCUCCACUCUUGGAAUACUUUGACUCCACCUAUAUUUCAGGCCAACUGCGUCAUCGUCGUAACAUCACUUCCAAGUCAGGACACCUACAGCCAAUCUCGAUUCAUCUACGUCGCACGCCACCUAUGUUCCCGCCUGAGAAGUGGAAUAUGCACCACGCAACUCUAAACAACCAGCCAAGGACAAAUAACAUUUGCGAGGGGUGGAACAACAAGUUUUUCCGCCUGGUGGGACAUGCCAACCCCCCGGUGUGGAAGCUGAUAGAGUGUCUGCAAGCUGACGCUGCCACUGUGGAUGAAAUUCUGCUGCAGCAAGAACGCGGCAUUCGCCCUGCUAAGAGGUUUAAGAAGAUAUACAAGGAAUUACACACCCGCAUCCAAAACCUGGUCAUCGAUUUGAAUGAAGGGAAGAAGACCAUCCCACAAUUCCUCCGAGGCAUCAGCUAUAAUCUUAGAGGUGGAGAUAUGAAUGCGUAGCAUGUGAACCUAUACUUUUUAAUGACAAUUUUAAUUUAAAAAAUGCUCUAUUGCAAUUUUUAAAAAAAUGCUCAAUUACAUUUUAAAUACCAAUAUUUUUGUUGAGUUUAUCACAUCAAAUAUCCUAUCUUCCUUGGGUGGCGAUUUAUUUUUAAUUUAAUGGCCAAAAUGUCCGUGGCCAAAAUAUCCUACUUUCCGUGGCCAAAAAGUGGCAAGUUGCGAUUUGAUGGCCAAAACGUC